CGGCGCGUCAGCGUCACGAGAAGACGCCCAAGCACGCCGCGCACGCAGCAGCGGAGCACUGCGGGGGACAGCGGCUGUUGCUCGGGGAUGAUGUAAUGUUGCUACGGAUGGCGGUGUGUGCCAGGCUCUGCGGAGCGGGACAGUCGCGGCGCUGCAGGCGGCGGCAGAGGCACAGCCAGCCGCAUCAGGACAGCGACUCCGACAUGGACAUGGACGAGGAGGAGGAAGCGGAGAGGGUCGUGGGCAAAACCAAAGACGAGCCCGAUGUCUGCAGCAGCGGAGCCGGUGUCCUCGCGUCUGGGGCCUCCGCGGGACCCCCGCACCCGCAGUCCCUGCUGGACCUGCCGCCGGAGCUCCUGGUGGAGAUCUUCUCCUCUCUGCCCGGCGCUGCGCUGCCCAACCUGGCGCUGGUGUGCAAGAAAUUCAGGCAGAUCCUCAACACGGAAACAAUCUGGAGGAGGAGAUGUACAGAGGAAUUCGGGAUGAGAGAUGACCUGCGGAAGAUGGAGAUCCUGGGCAUGUCGAGCCGAGAUCUGUAUGUGAAACGUGUGAACCCGCAGGUGAAGUCGGGACGCUUUAUGAAGCUCCUCCCUGAUUAUGAGCAUAUGGACUAUCGGGACGUGUACACACACUUGUUACAUCCUUAUAGAAACAUCCUGGGUCUCUGGCAGCCUGAUAUCGGGCCCUAUGGAGGACUGCUGAAUGUGGUGGUUGACGGGCUGUUCAUCAUAGGCUGGAUGUAUUUACCGCCCCAUGAUCCCCGUGUGGAGGACCCCAUGCGUAGACGGCCGCUCUUCCGCAUUCAUAUGUGGGAGAAAAACAAAGCCAUGGUAGAAUGCAUGUAUGGACACAAAGGCCCUCAUAAAGGAGACAUUCAGACUGUGAAGAAAGAUGAAUUUUCCACCAAAUGCAACCAGACCGAUCACCAUCGAAUGCCUGGAGGAAGGCAAGAGGAGUUCAGAACGUGGUUGGAGGAUGAAUGGGGAAGAACACUGGAAGAUAUUUUCCACGAGCACAUGCAGGAGUUGAUCCUCAUGAAGUUCAUUUACACCAGCCAAUACGAUAAUUGCCUGACGUACCGGCGGAUUUAUCUGCCCCCGUGCCUCCCUUCAGACCUGCUGCAGCCGGGCCUCUUCAAAGGGACGUACGGCAGUCACGGCCUGGAGAUCAUCAUGCUGAGCUUCCACGGCUCCAAGGCCAAAGUCACCAAACUUACCGGUGACCCCAAUGUCCCAGCAGGUCAGCUGACGUUAGAAAUCGACCUGAACCGGCCGGUGCGUCUGCCGGACCUGGAGCACCAGCGGAGCAUGGAAGAGCUCUCUCGCCUGGUGCUGGGGGUGCACGAGGAGGCCCAGAGGGGUCUACAGGCCCAGGACGCCCCAUCAGAGGCUGCGGAGGUGGCUGAGGGCUCAGAUUCGGCUCCCCCUGCUGGAGUGGAGGACGUGGAGCCGGGAGCUGCUGCCUGCAGCGCUGCAUCUGAAGCGCAGCCGUUUGUGCUGCCUCUGGGAGUCAUGGCCCGUAAUGAAGUGUAUCCUCGCACCUGCAAGAUGUGUUUUUAUGGAACAGGCCUGAUCGCCGGCCACGGCUUCACGAGUCCAGAGCGCACGCCGGGUCUGUUCGUGCUGUUCGAUGACGACCGCUUCGGCUUCAUUUGGCUGGAGCUCAAGUCCUUCAGUCUGUACAGUCGGCUGACCGACCAGCUGUCCCACGCUCAGGCCCCCAGCAUGGAGCACUUCGAGGCCAUGCUCCGCAACAUGCAGUCAUGGACAUCCUGAUAGCAAACCUCACACUACAUCAGGCACAUCCUCUGCUGACACACACACCUACGCACUCCUGCUCGCAUCCGCACAGGUGUAUUUAAGCCACAGUUGUAUUAUAUAAGGCCUUUCUUAUCAGCUUUUUAAUUAAUUUAUUUUUGUAACCUGGAAAUGGCGAUGAAGACGACAACAAUGUGAAAAUUUGCCCGUAUACUCAGCUGAGCGUGCCUCUGAUCUUCAGACCCUGAAAUCCUGUGGUUUUGUGCUUUAGAAAUAAUCUUAGAAGCGUUUGUCCUCAAUCUGGCAACAUCUGCGGUUGCUUUUAAAUGAUUUUAUUCAGUUUAUUUCUUUAUUCGUAAGAAGUCCACACCAUAUUUGGAAAUGCUUCCAUUUUUUCCGCCAGCGCUCACUGAAAACAAAUAACUUCCAGCCGCUUUGUCACUGCAAAUGUUGUCAGUUUUAUCACUCCAUAAUGCAUCCAUUAAUAUUUACACUAAAAAAGCCACAUUUUCUUAUUUAAAGGAAUAGUUCACCCAAACAUCAAAAUUUGCUAAAAAUUUACUCUCCCUCCGGCCAUUUGAGAUGUUUGUUUAUUCAUCAGAUACAGACAAAUGUAGCAUUACAUCACUUGUUCACCAAUGUGAAUGGGUGCCGUCAGAAUGAGAGUCCAAACGGCAGAUGGUUUAAAACUAAAUCAUUUGUAUAAUGGAUUUGUUUCUUAAAAACACAACUUUUCACUUCACCAGAUGUUAAAUGAUGGACUGGAGUUAUUGUGAUGUUUUUAUCAGCUGUUUUGGACUCUCAUUCUGACGGCACCCAUUCACAUUCACAGGAAGUGAUGUAAUGCUAAAUUUCUUCAAAUCUGUUCUGACGACGAAACAAACUCUUCUACAUCUCGACUGGCCAGUUUUCAGCAAAUGUUCAUUUUUGGCUAAACAAUUCCUUGAAUUUUUAUCUAUCAUACUGUUAAAUUUCCAAGUGAAUUGCUGAUUGGUUAGCCACCAAAUUUUACGACCACGACGAGCGUCUCAUUUUCACAUGAUAGUGAUUCUGUUCCUCUAGCUGUGCAGCUCUCUUCCAAGUGCUCUUCCCUACACAGCAUAGACAUUUAUCGGAGGCAGAAUUACUCCGGCUAUACUUUUGUAUUUGACUGCAGCAUUACUAGCAUUUAAAAAAAAAAAAAAAUCAGUAUAAUGUAAAGUGAAUAUAUAUGUAAAUGCAUUGAAAAUAUUGAAACAUUUAUCAAUACAUUCUAGCUUUGUUUUAAGGAUGAUUGUAUAUAUGAUCGAUGAACUAAUUUAAGUAUAUUGCCUGUGUUUACUUGUUUUAAGUGUAAUAUUCUCAUAGAAUUGGCCGUUUACGUGGACUGAUAUCCUACAACUAUUGAUAUUAUUCCAAAUGAGAUGUAAUUUCAGCUGUUUAUAUUGGCUCAUAACUAUUCGAAUCACAUUUCAAAGCAUUUGUGCAACUAAUAACUCAAAGUCUACCCUACUGGCUUCCCAAUGGAUGCGAUCAAGGUUUGCCUCCUUUUUCAUAGUCACGAUUCAUUGAUUCACAGAUGCUUUUAGGUUGACUUCAAGUCUGAGUUUUUCUUCAUUAUUUAUCUAUAUGAUAAUUUAGCAAAGCACUGUGCCUAAAACUGUAAAUUAUACACUUGUAAUUUCCUUAUUUUUAAUUUUGUACUUGUAUUGGAGUUGUCAGUAAGUGUGAUCAUUUUAUGUGGAGCAAAACCGCUCCAUUAGCAAGUCAAGCAUCCGAUACAGGUGUUUAUAUUUGACGUCGAUCUGCUGUUUAAAAAAUAGAAUCCGAAUACUGUCAAUAGCUGAAUUAUUGUCAUCCAUGUAAAUUUGCCAGUUAGGAAAUGUCAAAGCGCAAAUUCAUGACUAGUAUGCACACGUUGCAUUCAAAUUCAGGGAGGUUUGCAGCUUUAGCCUUCGUUUGUUCUCAAUAAAAUGGAGGAAAAACUUAAA